GCGGUGACGCAACGCAGGUGAGGCCAGCGGGCGGUGUGGCUGCCCGUGAGGGGCGUUGCCUUCGGAAACGGGGUCCGCGUUGCCGCCCCCGCCUCCUCUCUGUGGUGGCCGCUAUGUGCUCCGCUCGCGGCUCUCCGCCCCUGGGAGCGUCAGCCGCCGAGCCAAGCGCUGCAGAACAGGAGGGUUCUGACUCCGGGAAGACCCCAUUGUUUCUGUAAUGGUGGAGGAUGUUUGACUCCCAGAACACUGCCUGACCUCUGUCCCUUCAGCAUGGGGAGGAUUGGCAUCUCCUGUCUUUUUCCUGCUUCCUGGCAUUUUAGCAUCUCUCCUGUGGGGUGUCCUCGAAUUCUGAAUACCAAUUUACGCCAAAUUAUUGUUAUUAGUAUUCUGGCUGCUGCUGUUUCACUUUUAUACUUUUCUGUUGUCAUAAUCCGAAAUAAGUAUGGGCGACUAUCCAGAGACAAGAAGUUUCAAAGGUACUUGGCACGAGUUACUGACAUUGAAGCUACAGACACUAACAACCCCAAUGUGAACUAUGGCAUCGUGGUGGACUGUGGUAGCAGCGGGUCUCGAGUGUUUGUCUAUUGCUGGCCCAGGCAUAAUGGCAAUCCUCAUGAUCUGUUAGAUAUCAGACAAAUGAGGGAUAAAAACCGAAAGCCAGUGGUUAUGAAAAUAAAACCAGGCAUUUCAGAGUUUGCUACCUCUCCAGAGAAGGUCAGUGAUUACAUUUCUCCGCUCUUGAACUUUGCUGCAGAGCAUGUGCCACGGGCAAAACACAAAGAGACCCCUCUCUACAUUCUUUGCACAGCUGGAAUGAGAAUCCUCCCUGAAAGCCAGCAGAAAGCCAUUCUGGAAGACCUUCUGACUGAUAUCCCUGUGCACUUUGAUUUUCUGUUUUCUGACUCUCAUGCCGAAGUAAUUUCAGGGAAACAAGAAGGUGUGUAUGCUUGGAUCGGCAUUAAUUUUGUCCUCGGACGAUUUGAGCAUAUUGAAGAUGAUGACGAAGCAGUGGUGGAAGUGAACAUUCCUGGUAGUGAAAGCAGUGAAGCCAUUCUCCGCAAAAGAACUGCCGGUAUUCUCGACAUGGGAGGCGUGUCAACUCAGAUAGCAUACGAAGUCCCCAAAACUGAGAAAGCAGACAGGAGGAAGCCAAGGCAAAGCUCCCCUAAGCCAUUUGUGUGUUCAUUGAACUCGGCUGGUUUGUUUUCUGAACUCACGUGGAGUUUUUCUUUGGAAGAAGUGGCUAAGAACUUGCUGGCUGAAUUUAACCUUGGAUGUGAUGUUCAUCAGACUGAGCAUGUGUACCGAGUCUAUGUGGCCACAUUUCUCGGGUUUGGUGGCAAUGCUGCCCGGCAGAGAUACGAAGACAAGAUAUUUGCCAACACAGUUCAAAAGAACAGGCUCCUGGGAAAGCAAACUGGUCUAGCUCCGGAUACUCCAUACCUGGACCCCUGCCUACCCCUAGACAUUAAAGAUGAAAUCCAGCAAAAUGGACAGACCAUGUACCUGCGGGGAACAGGAGACUUUGACCUGUGUCGACAGACUCUCCAGCCUUUCAUGAACAAAACAAAUGAGACGCAGACUUCCCUCAACGGGGUCUACCAGCCCCCGAUUCACUUCCAGAACAGCGAAUUCUAUGGCUUUUCUGAAUUCUACUACUGCACUGAGGAUGUGCUGCGGAUGGGAGGAGACUACAAUGCUGCCACAUUUACUAAAGCUGCAAAGGAUUAUUGUGCAACAAAGUGGUCCAUCUUGCGGGAGCGCUUUGACCGAGGACUGUAUGCCUCUCACGCAGACCUCCACAGGCUGAAGUAUCAGUGCUUCAAAUCUGCCUGGAUGUUUGAGGUGUUUCAUAGCGGCUUUUCGUUUCCUGUUACCUACAAAAAUUUAAAGACCGCCUUGCAAGUUUAUGACAAGGAGGUUCAGUGGACCCUUGGAGCAAUUCUUUACAGGACCCGCUUUUUACCCUUAAGAGAUAUCCAGCAGGAGACUUUCCGGGCCAGUCACGCGCACUGGCGGGGCUUCUCCUUUGUCUACAAUCACUACCUGUUCUUCGGCUGCUUCCUGGUGGUCCUGCUCGCCAUCCUCCUCUACCUGCUGCGGCUCCGGCGCAUUCACAGGCGGAUGCUUCGCAGCGGGUCGGCCGCCGUGCUCUGGCUGGAGGAGGGCCUCCCGGCCCAGAAGAUUGGGGGUACCUUAUGAACCAGAUGCAAGGGAGAGAGCCCGGGAAGACUGGGCUCUUAAAGGAAAAGCCAUUUUUGCCUCAGGGUUUCUUCUCUUUUUGUUUGGUUUUAUUUUUCCUUUCCCCUUUUGUUCCUUGAAACAAAAACAAAUUCCAUUGUUUGUAAAAACUCUCCUGUCCUGGAAGAAUCACAUUUAGCCCUGUUUUGUACACAGCUUUAAAUUGAGGGUUAGGGAAAAGGGAAAAUCACUUCAUUUUUGCUGCAUAGGAUAUUUGCCAAAAAUUACGAAGGUUUUGGUUUUUCUUUUAAGGUAUGUUCAGUUUUAAACAGAUGCACUUUGAUAUUGGAGGAAAGCAGCAAAGGUGUUUUCUAUCAGUAGAGCUAGGACCGAAGGGUGAUAUUUUAAGGAACCAAAAAACCUACUGAAUGAAAUUAAAAUGCUUUUUUUUCCUCUACCUUAAAAACUAAAGAGGACGUUUAGUUUUUAUUUAUUGUUUAGGUCUGUCACUAUAUGUUUUCUUUGCAGAUUUAAAAAAUCAAAAUCUUUUAUAUCCAAAAGAGAGAAAACUGGUUACCAAGAGGUAAUUAUUUUUCAAAUUGAUAGUGAAGAGACGUGAAAAAUGUGAAAUAAUGACUAGAGUGCUGUGUGUGUGUGUGAAAAUGGUAAUGAAAGUGAAUGAGGGAUACAGUGUUCUUUUAAAAACACACACUUCAGAAUUUUCGUUUUCAUUUUAUUUUAUUUUAUUUGGAAAAAUCCACUACCAUGAUCUUAUCCUUUGAUCACGGUAAUCAGUUUCUUCAUCUUAUCUUUCAGUGGCCUCAGAACACUCUGUUUUUGAAUGAGCCAGAAAAUUUGUGAAGUUUCACUGGUUUCACUGGUUUCAACUCAAAUUACUAGAAUUUGAGCUGAUGGCAGCUGACAGGCACAUCCGUGUUUCUUAAUAAUGCAUCUUUGCUUGUUUAGCUGCGCUCCAGUUUCUUACAACUCAAGGUUGGUGUCCCGCCCUCCCGAUUAAAAACCGCCCCAGCAGUUCAUUCUGAAGAUCCUGCCGUGGCUCAGUAUGUUCUCUUCACCACCGUCAUCCUGGGCGAGGCCGCGUGGGCACCACCACUGUGGCCCACGCUGAAAGAAGGGUCCGAGUGUCACACCAAAAAGAAGCCCACGUUUUGAAGAAAACAAGUUUGACAUUUUAAAUAAAAAAAUUUAAAAAGACCAAUGGAUUGGCAUAUGUGAGGUCAGUUGUUUUUCACCUAUUCGUUUAGUUUGGAACCACUGGGAAUUCGUGCCUUUUUAAAGUUCUUUCUGUGUGCGAGCAUGUGCACUGUUUAACUUCAGGAGAGUUAAAUCCGUCUAGUUGGUAGCAGAUGUGCAUUUUGAGAACCAUCAGUUGCUUUUUUAAAACAUUGUUGAUUAGAAAAAGAAUUUAGAUUCUGAAGUGCUUAUGUAACCAAGGGGGGGAAAGUGGGAGGCUUCUAUCUUGUUUAUUAAUUACUUAAAACCAUGACAUACUAUAUGUUGAUGAUUUAAAAGAUCACAAAAAUUUUUUAAGAUUUUACUUAUUUCUAGAGAGGGGGAAAAGAGGGACAGAAAUAUCGAUGCAAGAGAAAAACAUCAAUUGGUUGCCUCUCAAAUGUUCCCUAACCAGGAAUCGAAUUGGCAACCUUUUGAUUUGUGGAGUGACUCCCAACUCACUGAGCUACACUGGACAGGGCUAAAAGGUUACAAAUUUAUGAAAGAAGUGGAAGUUCUAUUAUUCUCCUUAAAGCGAAUAUUCUAACAGUGAAGAAAUUUUUGGUAGAAUAUUUGCCUCUCACAUAUCCGGAAGGUAGGAAGAGUUGUGUGGUGUUAUAGGAACUAAUGUGGCGAGUCUUGUUUCAGAGAGGAUGGAGAAAAACGUGCCUGUGAAAGAGCCAACUUCUGAAGUGCUGGUCUCCAGAUAGUAAAUCCUUGGUCCCUGGUAAACACUGUUCUCGUCAAGACCCAGCCACAAAUGACCUGUGUCACACAUACCCGGACGUAGCAUGAGGGUGCAUGCUUCUCAAAGUCUUCAAGGGGUUUGCUCUGUAGCCUGUGGGUGGCAUUAGUGGUGAAGAGGAGUAAGUUUCCACUUUAGCUUUUCUCCCACCAGUUGUUUGGAAUAGGAAGGCCUGAACAGUAGAAUGAAGAGUUUCAAAUGCCUUGAGUAUGCGAUUUUGCCUUUAAAAUCAAGGCAAGGAUAAGCUAGCAUGGGCACAGGUUUAAAUAGCCCUUAAUUAAGACUUCCUACCACAAACAGCUACUUAUUGAAUAAAGAAGGCCAGUUGGGUCCCACUCUGUACUGUUCAGGAGACAAACCCAGGGAAGUUCUGCUUUAUGCCUAGCCUAGGGAUCCUCUGCAAGGACCACCCACCCUCCAGAGGACAUCCCCAGAUCAGGGUCCCCAGGCCCAGACAGCCCUUGAACUCGCUCAGGUGCCUGUGUUCCCGCCAAGAACUCCCUGCAGCUGGCAGUUUGGCAGACUUGCUCACAGGGAAAAUCUGGAAGACCCUUGAGCUGAGAAUGGUGUUUCAACUUGUAAAGGGUAGUUAGAGACAAAAAGAGGGAAGAAUGUGCAACAGACACUGGAGUGUAGAGCCUGAACUACCUACUGAGUGUCCCUUCACAGAAGACAUUUGCUGAUCCCUGUGUGAACAGUGCCAUUCGAGAUCACUUUUCUGAUAAACCAGGAAAGCUGCCCAUCCCCAAUGUAUAAAAGGCUAUUCAGGAGGGCUCGCUGUGUUGUGUUGAAACAUCUGCAGUUGUGAGAUGUCACCUUGUUUUUCAUCACUUUAUACCACAGGAGAUAAGAGACUAGGCCAGGGUGGGCUGAUGUGGGAGGUGAGCCAGGGAGGAGCUCCAUUCAGGAGAACUCGUGUCCUUUAAGGGCUGGCCAAAAGGGCCAUAAACUGAAUAGACAGCAAGAAAACGGGGGGGCCUGCUGAAAGCCUUGUCAGAGGAGAACAUCUGUGUGGGGCCUCUGCUCCGUCGCCGUGUGCGCCCAUUCAGGCUGCCGGAGGAUGCGCCUGAGCCUAUGCAGGCCAUUUAGGGAAAUCACGGUGGAAUUACAAACAUUGUUUUGUACCAGUGGUUUUUGCACAUUUUCACCCUAUACUGCUUGGCUCUGGGCAGCACCCCCACCCUGGGGUCAACCAAAGAGGCUGCGGGGGCUCAGCCUGGCCGCCCCAGAGGCGGAGGAGGCAUGUGUUCACCACCCACGUCCCCACCUGUGCGGUGCACUCAGGUUGGCACACUCUAGAUUAACAGAUACUGAAGUUCUAAACUCAGGCCUACGUAGAAUAGUUUUCCUCAUAAAGAAGCAUGUGUAUCACUUGGCAAGAAACACAAAAAAGGCGAGUGUGUUUUCCCAGCUUUAAAAAAAUACCAGCUUUAGGAUUUUGUGCGGUAAUGUGCAAUGCAGCAAAACUACCUACAGGUAAAUUAUUUAGUUAUUUCUACGUCUGUUCUUUAUGAUACUGAAUUUUCCCUUUCAAUAAUAAAUGAUGUGACUAACCAAGGAGAAUUGUUUGGUUAAUAAGAUUAUGUUUUACAGUUAGAAAUUACAAAAACUGAGGGAACCUAAAUGUGCUUUAUUUAAAUGAUGUUUUCCAUAUUUAAAUGAUGUUUUCCAUUCAAGGGAAGAAUAAUUCCCUUUGGGGGGCUGUGGUGUCCUAUCACUUUCCAUUUGGGGAACCUCACCUUUUUACCCUUGCACAUCAGUGGGUGUUGAGAAUCAAAAUGAAAGUUCAUCAGUGUGAGCUUGCGUUCUGUGAUUUAAACAGGUUUUUCUCUGAUGUUUGAAUCUUGUUACCUGUUAUAGUGCUAUGUCAAUUCUAAAUUUACUAAAAUAAAUUGUCUGGGUCUGACCACA